CACGAGGGCGUCCUCCUCUGCGUGCAGGGCGACGUCCAGCUGACGCACUCGGGCAAGUCGGCCGGCCUCGUCGACAGCUUCUACGCCACGCCCAAGUCGCUGCGGCUGCUGCACGAGACGCUGGAGCUGGCGCCGCCCGGCCGCCUGCCGGCUGGCCGCACCGAGGUGCCGUUCGAGGUGGCGCUGGCGGCGCGCCACGGCCGGCCGCUGCACGAGACCUACCACGGCCUGUACGUGAGCGUGCAGUACACGGUGGCGUGCGAGGUGCGGCGGGGCGUGCUGACGCGCGACGCGCGCGCGCAGCUCGAGUUCAUGGUGGGCGCGCCGCGGCGCGGCGCCGCCGGCCGCCGAGCGGCCGCUCAGUUCCUCGUCUCGCCGAGCAGCCUGACGCGCGCCGACGCGGCCGCCGCGCCGCCGCCGCGCUUCCGCCUGCGCGGCCGACUCGACUCGACCGAGUGCGCGCUGGGCGAGCCGCUGCGCGGCGAGCUGGUGCUGGAGAGCAGCGAGGCGCCGGUGCGCAGCAUCGAGCUGCAGCUGGUGCGCGCCGAGGCUUGCGGCCGCGCCGACGCGCUCAGCCGCCAGUGCUCCGAGGUGCAGAACAUCCAGAUCGGGCUUGGCGACGUGCCGCGCGGCCUUGCCAUCCCCAUCCACAUGGUGUUCCCGCGGCUCUUCACGUGCGCCUCCGUCAGCGCCGCCCACUUCCAGAUCGACUUCUCCGUGAACGUGGUGGUGGUGUUUAAGGAUGACCACCUGGUCAGCGAGAACUUCCCGCUGAAGCUGACGCGCUACUGAGCCGCCCCUGGCGGCGACCUGCCGCAGUGCUAGUCGC